AUGGCGACAUUCGCAUCCUUCGGCGGCAUUCUUCUCGGUUACGAUACCGGGUCGAUAAAUGGUAUCCUGCAAAUGCCCGACUGGUUGAAGACAUUCGGAGACCCCACUCCAAACGUAGGGACCACUGCGGUACACUUCUCUAUCGCGACCCCCACUGAAUCACUCGUGGUCUCUAUCCUCUCCGCGGGCACAUUCCUGGGUGCUCUGGGCGGCGCACCCGUCGCCGAUAUAACUGGGCGCCGAACUGGCAUUCUGAUCUCAUGCGUUGUCUUCUGCCUCGGCGUCGCUCUCCAAACCGGGGCGUCUACUCUGCCCACUUUCAUUGCCGGCCGCUUCUUCGCGGGCUUCGGUGUCGGCCUCAUAUCCACCCUCGUGCCCAUGUACCAGUCCGAGUGCUCGCCGAAGUGGAUCAGAGGCGCUGUCGUCUCCUGCUGGUCUUUGACAAUCACAGUCGGCCUCCUCCUCGCUUCGGUCAUCAACAACGCUACGAAGGCUCGCCCGGAUCAUGGCGCGUGGCGAAUUCCCAUCGCGAUCCAGUUUGUGUGGGCUUUCAUCCUAUUUGUCGGAAUGCUGUGCCUCCCUGAGACACCGCGGUGGCUGAUGAAGGAGAACAGGGAAUCGGCUGCGUCGAAAUCGCUAUCCCUCUUGACAGGAUCUCCCCCGGAUGAUGUAACAGUACAGACGGAGCUUAAGGUCAUCCGGGAAGCACUGCGAACGGAAGACGAAGCGGGCGAGCGCACGUAUCGCGACUGCUUCCGGCUCACUCCCAACCGGAUCGCCCUACGCACCUUGACCAGCAUCGUGAUCCAUGCAUUGCAACAAUUAUCGGGCAUAACCUUCAUCUUCUAUUACGGGACCACCUUUUUCGCCAACGCGGGCAUCAAAAAUCCUUUCCUAGUGAACGUCAUCGUCAAUAUCGUGAACAUGUGCAUGACACUCCCUGGCAUCUGGGGUGCGGACAAGCUUGGCCGCCGCCCACUUCUCAUCUGGGGCGCCGUAGUGAUGUGUGUUUGCGCCUAUCUCGUGGCCAUUCUCGGGGCUGCCGUCCCGGUGCAGGAUAUCGCGUCUCAGCGCGCAGUCAUCGCGCUCGUAUGCAUCUACAUCGCCGCAUUCGCGGCGACCUGGGGCCCGCUCGCGUGGGUUGUCGGAGGAGAGAUCUUCCCGCACAACAUCCGUGCGAAGGCGGUAUCGCUCUCAGUUGCGUCUCAUUGGAUCUGGAACUGGGCAAUCUCGUUCGCUGCGCCAUACCUCGUCAACUCCGGCAAGGGCAACGCCCAUCUGGGCGAGAAGGUCUUCUUUAUCUGGGGCUCCAUGUGCGCGGCCUGCGUGCUGUUCGCGUGCUUCUGCAUACCCGAGACGAAGGGUCUCUCGCUCGAACAGGUCGACGUCCUCUACCAGCAUUGGUCCCCCGGAUCGGCCCGUAGGUUCCGCACGGGGACGCUCGAGGGUGGCGCUGGCAGCAGGAUGGAGAAAGCAGCUGCCGAUGUUGACAAGAAGGAUGAAGGGUCAUGGGAGUUGGCUGUAGAGACGAUCCCAGUCCUCGACGUGUGA